GAUGGUUGAGACCAGGGCCCCGCCCCGGCAGGCGCGGAGGGAUUUGGAGGUGGUCCUCGGCCGUGGGCUGUGCGUGCGUGCGUGCGAGGAAGAAGGGCUUGGGGCGUGGUAUUCGCGUGCAGCCGGCCCAACGCAGCCCGAUCGGAUCCGAUCCCGUCUCGGGGUGAGGGUCCCGGUGCCCUCCCAGCUGGAGUUGCUGGCGCCGACCUGUCUGGACCCCGAGCCAGCACCAGGACCCCCUCCACGGCAGGAGCAGAUGACACCAGCGUACCUGCAGCCCAGGUUACACCUGUGGCGCGUUUGCCAGGACCCCAUCACGGCCCUGGAUGAGCACCAGGAGAGGCCCCCCGCCCAGCACAGGCCUGGCUGGGAGCCCAUGGCCCUGGAGUCCACGGACACCCCGCCUCUGGUCAGACAGAGAUGCCAGGGCCUGGAACCCCCAAAGGCUCCAGCCCUCGCCUUGAGGAGGCCCCGGAAGCAGCCGCAUCCUCGGAAGGGAAUGGAGGAGGCAGACCCUCGGUUUCAAGGGGUGACCUUGAACUUUGAGAUCAAGUCAGACGCCAGUUUGCAGAUCGUCCCCAGCUACAGUGGCCUGGCUCAUGUUGGCGGCGGCGGCAGCAGCAGCAGCAGCAGUGGCAGCCACGCUCAGGAGCCCCCUCCGGCCCCUGCUGCGGCUCCUGAAGUGAACUCCCCAGGACCCAGCGAGGCCCUGGGGCCCCGGCGCUGCGCUUCCUGCGGGACACAGAGGACCCCGCUCUGGAGAGACGCAGAGGACGGCACCCCGCUGUGCAAUGCCUGUGGAAUCAGGUACAAGAAAUACGGCACGCGGUGUUCCAGCUGCUGGCUGGUGCCCAGGAAGACCGUGCAGGUACGAAGGCUGUGCGGCAGGUGUGGGAUCUCCUGGGGCUCCCGCAGCGGCCCCACUGAGUAAACCUACACGUCUGGCUCUCCUUGCCCCCCACCAGCGGGGCAGUGGGAACCCUGUGCCCGCUGCCUCUGUCCCAGUUACCUUCCCCUCGGGGGUCCCGGGUGGGAGAUGCAGGCUUCAGCAU